UAUGAAACAUAAGCGAAGACAAAAAACGAGUGUAAUUUGCCUCGAGACGGCCUGAGGAGUGUCCAUUUGCGCACGUGUGGAUAUAUCAGCGCGUGGAGGCGUAGAAGCUGGCCCAAAGGAUGGUCUGAUUUUAGGAGUGUGCGUGCAUGAAGAGACAAGAUGACAGGGAUGGUAGCAAAAGAUCCAAAAAGAACAAGAAACACCCACGCCAGCAUCAGCCACCGAUUCCCUCGAUGGACGACACUAGUGUUUGGCCCGAUCCAAGCGCCUCAGCCGAAAAGGAUAUUAAGCAUGAACCUCUGACAGCUGCUGCGCCCAUCAGCAAGAAGGACAAAGGCAAGUGGACCCAGGUGACGCCGAACAUCACCCACUCCACGCCCGCGUCUGGCUCAUCGCACCCCCGUCGCCGAAAGAACUCAGCACCCGGUGAUACCACUAAGUCUGUGGGUUCUCAAACGCCAGAAGCUCCCACUACGCAGGGCCGACGUGCAUCUGUACCAUCAAUGUUUGAUGAUGAACCCUCGCAGAGUCAGCAGCAAACCCACAACCGCCAACAGAAAGGACGUGGACGCGGUGGAAAAUCUUACGGUACGCGAUCCAACUAUCGCGGGUCUUUGGGCCAUGCCAGACAGCCCUACCAGCAGAAUGGCGUUUUCAACGAUACUGAAACCUUAAAGGCCUAUAUCCUUCAACAAAUGGAAUACUACUUCUCUGUCGAGAACUUAUGCAAGGAUGUAUACAUGCGCAACCAAAUGGAUUCGGAAGGCUAUGUACCGCUGUCCCUCGUCGCGAACUUUAACAGAGUUAAAAACCUGACGACAGACCACGAACUGAUCAAGGAGACCUUGAAGUCAAGCAAAGAGAUCGAGUUGAACGGCGACAAGAUCCGCAGAAAGGGCGAUUGGGCUACCUGGAUCUUUCCAAAAGAAAGUGGCGCUGUUCCAGCCUCAAAUCACCGCAGCUCUUAUGUGCCGCCGCCCAGAAGUCCACAUCCAGUCAUCAUCUCUUCGUCCUUACCAGCCAAACCAACGAUCCAGCCUAACCGGAAUCUCUGGCAUACCAAGGAGCCUAAGCACAAGAAGCAUGCCUCUACAGUUCAUUCGAGCCCGGCUGAAAAGCCCGUCAAGUUACCCUCGGAUGAGGAUGAUGAGGUUUUCCAGUUUGACGAUGACAGUCUCCUUGGAAGCGCCCGUCCUGGCACUGUUCAAAAAUACUAUGUCAGUGACGACGACGAUGAUGAUGACGACGAGUUUGACGAUGAAACUAUCGCCAAGAUCCUUAUCGUCACCCAAAGGAAACGCGACAGGUCCCAUGGCUCAUACGAGCGCAAAGCGAUGAACGACGACAUCAAUGAAAUGAUCAACGAAGGACUGUACCAUUACGAACAUGACCUUCAGCACAAGCGUAACAAUAACAACGACAGUCGCCAACCCGGCCUUGGUCAAUCGAACAAAAAGGUCGAGACAAUCUCGGAAGAGCAAUUUGCCGCACUUACCGGUUCCCAGCCCCGUCGCGCCAGCAGUAUUUUGAGCUCGAGUGUUGGUGCUCAACCCAGCACGCCAACCCUGAACCUAAACCCAAACCUGAGUCAGAACCAGAAUCACGCCCUCGGUCAAAGCGGUGAGGCCAGCAGUCGCGGCAAGGGCAAGGACAAGAAGAACCAGGCUCAGCGAUUCUAUCCACUCAGGGGCGAGAAAGGCGGCAAGGGAUCGAAGUCAGAUUCGCGCCAAUAUUUUGCACAGGCCCCAGUUGGAUGGGUGUUGGGGAAUCAGCCCUUCUUACCCUCGGAUCUACCAUCGACGUCGGUUGGUAACUCUCCAGCUGGUGCUGGCUGUAUGUUUAUGGGAUCCCAUACAGAAUCGUCACUCUUAUCGACCUCAGUGGAGGUCGCUCACUCUUUCCCAGCAUUCCAGCACCCGUCUCAUGAGCUGCUGCAUGAGAACGGUUUCAUCCAGCACAAGUAUUACAAAUACCACUACAAGGCUUUAAAGGAGCGCAAGCGUCAGGGCAUCGGUCACUCUCAAGAGAUGAAUACUCUUUUCCGAUUCUGGUCCCAUUUUUUACGCGACAACUACAAUCGGAAGAUGUAUGCAGAGUUCAAGCGGCUGGCGGUGGAGGAUGCGAAUGCGAACUAUCGCUAUGGUCUCGAGUGUCUUUUCAGAUUUUACUCGUACGGACUGGAGAAGAAGUUCCGACAGGAUCUGUUCCUGGACUUUGAGGCGUUGACCUAUGCGGAUUACCAGAACGGACAUAUGUAUGGACUUGAGAAGUUUUGGGCGUACCUAUUUUACCGCAAGGACAAGGCGCGUCGCAAGCUGGAUGUGAUGGCGGAGUUGAAGCCGUUGUUGGAGCAGUUCAAGAGUAUCGACGACUUUAAGAACGCAACGGGCAAGAACUCGAACCCGGCGAGCAACAGCUAUACGGUGCCGACUUUCGGACCAGGGGGAGGACAGCCGACACACGCCGCACACUAGGUCACAAUUGUUACUUUAUUAGAAGCUACCGUUGGUCUCUCUCACUCUGCGUUGAAGUCUUAUUCAGAUCACACAAACAACAAAAAAAUAUGAAAAUAGCGAAACAACAUAAAAAGUGCACUCUACUUCAUUCGAUCCAAAAAUAUAUCAUCAAAUAAAUAAUCGACUUGUCCA